ACAGCCUGAGCAGCAGACAGAGAGGGAGAGAGAGAGACAGAGAGGAGARAGACAGAGAAAAAGAGAGAGACGCUCACACUGAUAGAGACACACGCUGUGAAAGAGGCAGAAGCAACAGCUACAGCAACAGAGCCAACAUGCUCCCUCUCUCAUACACACACAAGCACACACACAGAGAACCAGACCCAUGCCAGGGGAGACGGUGAGUACACACCCACACUGAGGAGCACCUUCUCUGGGGAGGAGAUCUCACAGACCCCCCUCCACCUGGUUCUCUGGUACUUAUUUUUGAAUAACAAGUAGCUGGGAAAACGGUGUUUGUCUGUUUGUUUGCAAAAUACACAAACGGGGAAGAGAGACAGAAGGAGAGAGCAAAGAAAAGAGGGAUGAGUGGUGUGUUUGGCACAGCUGCUGAUGCCUGGGGCUGAGGGAGAGAGGGAGGCUGACGAAGAGAGAAGGAGGGAUCUGAAGACCUGAGGAUUGGAGGAGAGGAAGACUGGCACAUGAAGAGCUGAUCAAACUUAUGGACAGAGAGGAGAUAGGGACACAGUGCCGGGGAACACACACACACGGACACACACACACAACAAUGAGGAGGGAACAAAGUCCACGCUUCAGUCCUGGGUGUGUAGUACACUGACCCUGCCUGUGAUAGGCUAGAAGUCAGACCAUGAUUGGCUCCCUUGGCCCCGGUGUGUGGUCCUUGACGCCGUGGCGGUUGGUGAGUCUCUGGGGGCCGGCCCUGCUGCUGGUUACCAUUAUAUCCCUGAUGCCAGGUAGUUGCCAGGCAUGCCCGCCGCGGUGCGAGUGCUCGGCCCAGAUCCGGUCAGUCUCGUGCCAACGGCGGCGCCUCACCGGCAUCCCAGAGGGCGUCCCUACGGAAACCCGCCUCCUGGACCUCAGCCGGAACCGGCUCCGCUGGGUCGAAAUGGGCGACCUGGCACCGUACCCGCACCUUGAAGAAGUGGACUUGAGUGAGAAUCUCAUUGCCACGCUGGAGCCCAACGCGUUCGCCAAUCUGCAGAGCCUCCGGGUGUUACGGCUGAGGGCGAACCAGCUGAAGCUUGUACCCAUGGGGGCCUUCGCCAAGCUGGGCAACCUGACCAUGCUGGACCUGAGUGAGAACAAGAUGGUGAUUCUGUUGGACUACACCUUCCAGGACCUGAGGAGUCUGAGACACCUGGAGGUGGGAGACAACGACCUGGUCUACAUUUCUCAUAAGGCCUUUUCUGGUCUGCUGGGGCUGGAGGACCUGACCAUCGAGCACUGCAAUCUGACGUCCAUCUCUGGCCAGACACUGUCCUACCUACGCAGCCUGGUCACUCUGCGAUUACGGCACCUCAGCAUCGCCGCCCUAGAAGACCACAACUUCCGCAAGCUUAACAACCUGCGGGGACUGGAGAUCGAUAACUGGCCCUAUCUGGAGUACAUCUCCCCGCUCAGCUUCCAGGGCCUGGACCUGUCCUGGUUGUCCAUCACUAACAGCAACAUCACCUCCGUCCCCUCGUCCUCAUUCAGGAACCUGAUCCACCUCACUCAUCUCAACCUGUCCUUCAACCCCAUCACCACCCUGGAGCCCUGGGCCUUCAGGGACCUGCUGAGGCUCAAGGAGCUGAUUAUGGUGAACACGGGCCUAGCUACAGUGGAGCCCCACUCCCUGGGAGGCCUCAGACAGAUCCGGGUCCUCAACUUCUCCUCCAACGAACUCCAGACCCUGGAGGAGAGAUCGUUCCACUCUGUCAACAGUCUGGAGACGCUGCGGGUGGACGGGAACCCGCUGCUGUGUGACUGCCGUCUGUUGUGGAUCCUGCAGAGACGCAAGACCCUCAACUUUGACGGCAGGGUGCCCGUGUGCGCUGGGCCAGAGGAGGUGCAGGGGUAUAGCCUUAGCACCUUCACCGACUCAGCGCUCUUCGAUUACUUCACAUGCCAGAAGCCCAAGAUACGCAACCGCAAACUUCAACAGGUGACGGCUCGUGAGGGCCAGCCAGUGAGUUUCCUCUGCAGUGCCGUGGGAGAGCCCGCCCCCAAGAUCAUGUGGAUCUCCCCUCAGCGCCGAAUAAUCACAGCCAAGAGCAAUGGCCGCAUCACUGUCCUCCCAGGAGGGACGCUAGAGAUCCGCUAUGCCCAGGUCACCGACAGUGGCACCUAUAUGUGCAUCGCCAGUAACGCCGGCGGCAACGACACCUACUUUGCCAUGCUCACCGUCCGGGGCGCACCGCUGGAUGCCGCGUCGGCUUUCUUCGCCAACCGCUCGCUGUACGGCGGCGAGUUCUUCAACGACACAAACCUGAACAGCACGCGCGUCUUCCUCAAGUUCACCCUGGACCUGACCACCAUCCUUGUCUCCACGGCUAUGGGCUGCAUCACCUUCCUAGGCGUGGUGCUCUUCUGUUUCCUGUUGUUGUUCGCAUGGAGCAGGGGGCGGGGCCAGCGCAAGAACAACUUCACAGUGGAGACCCCUUUCCGSAAGGCCGAGGGGCCUGCGGCCACGGGUAGUGCUGGAGGGGCCCGGAAAUUCAACAUGAAGAUGAUAUGAAACAACGCAGCCAAGGGCCAGACGGGGGAGGCAUAAGCAUGUCCCGGAAAUGUGUUUGACAAAACACAUUCCGCUGACUCGCAAA